UUGUCAUAUUUCAUAUUUGUUGGAAACUUUAAUUUGUUUGAGGAAAUUUCAAGAAUUUAGAAACUUAAUUAAUUCCAAACUUCAUAAAAAAAUUUUGUUUAAAUUAUGGCUGACGAAGAAGAAAUCAUAAAAGAAUUUAAGGAUGUCACAGGUUGCACAGAUGAAAGAGCAAGAUUUUUUUUAGAAGUCAGUAAUUGGACAUUGCAGUUGGCUUUAUCUAGUUUUUUUGAAAAUGAAAGUGAAAAUUUUGCUAAUGAAGGCUCAACAGACAUGCCGUUGUUAGAUGAUAAUACAAACGAGUCACUUUCAACUAGCUCAAAUGCAAAACAAGACUCUACAGAUGCUUGGACUAAAAAACAAAAGCCUAAAGUUGCUACACUUCAUAAUAUGAAUGACCAGUCUUCAGAUGACGAAGAGGAGGGUCAAGCUUUUUAUGCAGGUGGAUCUGAACGGUCCGGACAACAAGUUUUAGGCCCACCGAAAAAGAAAAAUUUUAGCGAACAAUUGUCAGAUCUUUUCAAAAUGGCUAGAGAAAGUGGAGCCGCUGUUGACAGUAAUUAUAAAAGUAAUGCACAACAGUGGGGUACUGGUUUAAGACUUGGGCAAACAGACAACGAUAGUCAGGUAGUGGGAGGAACAUCUGCGCGAAAAAAUUCAAAUGAAGCAAAGCCAAUAAUUUUGAAGCUGUGGCGUCAAGGAUUUUCUAUAAAUGAUGGAGAAUUGAGAGUUUAUGAUGAUCCGGACAACAGAGACUUUUUGGAAACCGUAAUGCGUGGGCAAAUCCCUUUAGAAUUACGACAAAUGGGAAAUGUGGUUAGCGUUGAUGUGGAAGAUCAUAGAACCAAAGAUUAUAAGAAGUCCACAACUGUGUUGAAAGACUUUAAAGGUUCUGGUCACACACUAGGCAGUCCUACACCAAAAGUUGAAAAUAAUUCGUCAGUAUCUGUUACAGAUAGCACAUCCCAAGGUUCAACAGAGCCGAUUCAAGUUAAUAAAGAUGAACCAACCACAAUGGUACAAAUAAGGUUAGCAGAUGGAUCUCGAAUUUCUUCUCAAUUCAAUCAUACACACACAAUUCGUGAUAUUCGCCAAUUCGUAUUACAUUCAGCUCCGCAAUAUGUUGGACAAACUUUUGUAUUACUGACCUCUUUUCCAACAAAAGAGUUGUCCAAUGAAGAAGAGACAAUCGAAAAAGCUGGUCUUAAGAACUCAACACUGAUGCAACGUCUCAAAUAAAAAGAUUAUAGCCGAGAAACGCUUUAAUUUUGCCAAUAUAUUUUAUUUAAAAAAAAAUAAAUUAAUAAAAACAGUUUAAUUGAAAUAAA